AAUCGCAAGAGAGCGAAAGCGCAAUGAAAACAGCUGACAAUAUCCAAUACCACCGAAUUUACUAUACAUUUCAUACCAUAGCUUCUACGUCCUCGACUGCUGCAACUACGCUGAAUGAACACCUAAUGUAAAGACUGCAUCUCAAUCGAAUGGCUUCCGGCUGCGGGUAAUAUCAAUUGGUUCUCUUGUGAAGUAAAUAAACACAAUAGUAGAUUGGUUAGAUAGACGUGCCGGUGCGUAAGAAAAAGCAGUGGUUGUUUAUUUACAUUUCUUUCAAGUUUCGUGAAUGAAAAACUGUGUUUUAUAGCUUGUGUACUAUGGAUUUUUUAUAUAAUUGAUUGGUUGAAGUCACUGUAUACCGGAUUUUCGAAAAAAAUGGCAUCUAGAAUGAGCUUUUCUCGUAACAGAAACAGCUGGGGGCCGAUUUCCGUAACAUCUACAGGAUUUUAUAGAGCACCAGACGAUGAUGAUAACGAUGAUGAAAUAAAAAGUAUUCAAGCUAAACAGUUAGAUCCGCUCAAAGAGGAUUUAGCCGAUUGGUUAAAUAAAACUUUGGGUAUCGAAUAUAUUAACAAAGAUAAUUUUCUUGAAGAACUGGAUAAUGGCGUAGUUCUUUGCCAUUUGGCACAAAUAAUAACUGGAGAAGUGAAAAAGGCAUUGGACAAAGGAUUGGUAAAAGGACCACUACCCAAAAUUCGAGGAAAAUGUUUCGAAAAAGCUGCAAGAGGAAGUUUUUACUCUAGAGAUAAUAUGGAAAAUUUUAUUCGAUUCUGCAGAUCACUUGGAGUUCAUGAAAAUUUACUGUUUGAAAGUGAAGAUUUAGUUCUACAUCACCAACCACGUAAUGUUAUUCUCUGUUUACUGGAAGUUGCCCGAAUAGCUUCAAAAUUUGGCAUUGAACCACCGGGAUUGGUACAACUAGAAAAGCAGAUUGCUGAAGAAGAAAGAGAUUCUUUCGAUUCAAGACUCAGUUCGCUAUUAUCUUGGCAAUUCCCAAAUAUUACAGAAACAACUCCAAAUUAUUCCAAGAUGAAGCAAAGUUAUUCAGCUGGAGCAAUAUCGUCUGUUUUAGAUAGAUGGAAUUCUCAUCAUGUCGUCUUAGUGGACCAAUCAGUUGAUCUGACCUCUAUAUCUGUAACUAAUAAUACCAGUGGAGCAAGUGACGGCGUUCCAAGUGAUAAUACUGAGGAUGAAGAGUGGUCACGAGGUAGUGGCGAGGAUCCAGACCUUGAUGUGACUCCUCCAACAAGGCCAUCUUCAGGAGGAAGUGACGGUGCUAAUACACCGAGUCCAUCUCCAACGAACGAAUUAGAUAGAAAAGUACAAUUAGCUGCUAGACUGAUGCAGAAAAACUGCAAUUGUUCUAGUGGAAGAUGUGAAAGAUUAAAAAUAAGGAAAGUAGGAGAAGGAAAAUACAAUAUAGCCGGAAAAAAUGUAUUUGUUAGGUUAUUGAAAGGUCGCCACAUGAUGGUAAGAGUUGGAGGGGGAUGGGAUACUCUUGACCAUUUCCUCCUACGUCACGAUCCAUGUCAAGUAAAAGUAGUCUCCAGAGAAUCUCCAGAUAGGCCUACCAAUGCUUCCAAAUACUUACAUAUCAGAGCCAAAUACAGGAGUCCCCCACCCAGAGAAUCUAUUACUCGUUAAUAAUUGCUAUUAAAAACCAUAUUAACGUUCACAUUUUCAAUUAAAAAAAUGUUAAAAACGUGAUUCUUUUCAUCUUGUUAAUUGAGGUAAAGUUCAGUUUGUUGUGGUAAUUUCAAAAAGGCCAAGUUUGUAGGUUGGGCAUUGAUGGUUAUGAUUGAAAUGUAUGAAUGAUAUGUCCGUAGAGUUUGUAUGUCAUAAGAUUUUGAUAUUAAUGUGACUCCUCGAACUAGAAAACUAGCACAAAAACGACUUUUUAAUAUCUUGACUUAUUGAAACAGUGAUUAUUUUGUCGUACAGGAUAUCCAAGCAAAUGAUCAACUAUUAUGCCCAUUACUGUUCUGUACUGAUUGUAUAUCUUUUUAAAUGAUUAUUAACAGAUUAUUGGAAAUCACAAGUAAUACUUUGGCUUCAUUCCUUUGAUAAUUAUAUUUAAGAAUGUGAUUGUGAAGAGAAAACUAGAAACACGUUUUUACUACCCAUGUAGGCUUAUCGUUUGUUUUUGUUGUAAUUUUUUGUUGUUACCCUUCAACGGGUACCACAAUGUUGUAUUAAAAAAGAUCAAUAUUAUUACUUGUUUCAUUUCGAGGUAAACAAGCACCAAAAUCUCUUGUUCAUAUUAUUUCAUACGUAACAUUGUCGUACCGUUUAAAUAGUUUGCAAAAACGGGAACACUUGCCAUUUAUCUGAUAGUUAUAUACUAUGUUUAUACUAAAAAACUUAGUUUGACUGAACUUACAUCAUCAUAAUUGAUACUACAAAAUUUUGCAAUAAGCAAUAAUGUAAUUUUAUAGAUAUUACACUUUAAUUAUGCCAGUAAUAAUUACUUAGUAAUUUGAUGAAUAUUUAAGUAACCUAUAGCUUAUUUUUUUGUUUAAUUGAAUGUAAACGUAAAGGCAAACAGUGUCGUUUCUUCAAUUAUAAAACAAUUCUAAAGCUCAAUUUUUCCAUUACCAAGCAAUUUCAACAUCUCAAGCAUAGGUAUGAAAAAUAAAAAGGUUUUCUGAAGAAUAACUUUUUUAAUUUUUCCGAUGAAAUUUUUAUUCUAAUGUAACGCCAUCUAUUAAAAUAAUCCAAAUUUUGUAACAAUAAUUACUAAAACAACACUCGAACCAAAUAGACAAAUCAAAUUUUGUCUACCCAUCAAACUCUUAUGUCCCAGGUCUAAGGUCCCAGAAAUAAAUUUAGCUUCCUACAAUAGCAUAGUUUGUAGGUUAUAUUUUUAUACAUCCUCAAUUGAUUUUAUCAUCUUUUAGUUUCUCUUUACUAUCAUCUAAAUCAUUCCUCUUCAAUGUUGGUAUUAUUAUUUAAUGAGGAGCUGAUGCUUUUUUGAUUGUUCUGAUUAACUUCUUUGGAUUUCGAAAUGUGCCAAUUUCAUAUAAUAAUUUGUUAUUAGGUAAAGCACUAAAUCGCUUUAUAAUUAUAAUAAAGAUCUUUCCUAGCUGCGAAUUUUUAGAACUUUUAGGAAUACUAUUAUUGUUAUUGUUAAUAUUGAGUAUUGAUGCUGCAUAUUUUAAGGUUAAAUUAACUUCUUAGUUAUUCAUACACACUGCUUUUGUUAACUUUUAUAUUAUACAGAAAUCAUCUUUGAAUAUUAAAAUUUUUUGAAUCCAUCUUUUCAUAUAGUGAUUAAAUUCAAUUCAAUAAUCAUAGAAUCUACAACUGUGUACUACCACUGUUUAAAAAUGUAUUGAACAAUGAUUAUUUAAAAGUAUUGUAUCUAUUGUAUGUAACUCGAAUUGAAACAUAUCUAUUUGGUGCUCUACAAGUUCUUAAAUCUAAAACUAAUCAAAUAAUACCAUAAUAUUUUCACAUAAUGUUUAAUAUUAUUUAUUUGAAGAAUUAAAUUCAAUUUGAGUUGAAAGAAUUUUGAGUUUUUUUGUUAUUUCUUAACGUGUAAGUUUUUAAUAAUUUUAUAGAUAUGGGGGUAUCAAGGAUAAUAAAAUCUAAUAUAUUUCAAAUUGCAAUAUGAUUAAAUUUGAUCCAUGAAAGCUUUUAAAGCGUACUUUUCUUCAGAUAAAUCUAACCUCUAACCGAAAUAUAUUUGAAUUUUAUAUAUUGAUUUAGCUUUCAUUCUCAUACAACGUAAUUACGUUUAUCAAAUGUUUAAAAAAUUUCGUAAUUAUCAAGUUAUAUGAUUGAUUAUGAUUAAUUUUUAUUGUGUUACUGUACAAACGAAUAUAAUUAUACUGUGUGUUUUUUGCAGUUUGAACAGCAUCAUCUCAUUAAUGUUUUUGUAGACCGAGCUUCGUUUCUUUCAUUAAUUUCAAAAGUAAUAUUUCAUAAUUCUAUAAAAAUGUCCAAUUCCACUCUACAUUAAUUAAGCGUCAUGAUAAGUGAUAAAAAGGAACCCUUAUAUCAAUGACAUCAUCUGACUUAGAAAUUGAUUGUACCAAAUAACACAAUAAAACGAUUGAAUAAAUCUUGUAAUUAGUAGAGUUAUCCUUUGCCUUUACAAUCCAUUAAACAAUAUUUAAUUUUUCAAUCUAAUAUUGUGUAAUAUUCACCACUAUAUUCAUAGCGCACCUGUGAUUGACACUUGUCAAUAUUACUAAUACCAUGAACUGAAGAAACCUUAGAUAAACGUCGUUUAUGGGAAGUUAAUCCACACAUGAAGUCCACAGAUGUCUCUAACACCCAUAAUGCAAAUAUUUGAUUAGAGUUUGUUGUUUAGUUGAAGUGUUUUGAGAUCUCCUUUGCAGAGUUGUGUACCAACAUUAAUAACGUAUCUAUCUCUACGCUUUACGCUGUGAAACCAAUUCGUUAAUGUUAUUUACGUCACAUAAUCGUCUGAUGUUUUCAUUUCUGUCUCGCUCUAACAGUGUUUUUCCCAAGAUCCGGAUGAGAAUUUUCAUUUCUGUUGUCUUCAAGAGUUGUUUCAUUUCUGGUGUUUCUGAUCUUUAUGGUGUAUACGUUAGUACAUGUCCGAUUGUCGCUUUAUAAAUUCGUGCCUUGUUUUUUGUCUUAGAUGUUUCUUCCGCCAUACUACGCUCUGAAGACAUCCCGCUACCUCAUUUGCUCUAGCUACUUAUCCUCUUACCUCGUCGUCUACAUCUCCAUAACAGGUUAUGUCAAUUCCAAAAAAUUUGAAUUUAAUUAUUCAUAUUAUUUGACCUUCUAGUUCUAAUUGGCAUACAAUGGACACUGUGAAAUUAAAGAUGUUUAAUAAUCUUUGAAGAUCAUCUUCAUUUUCGGCAUUGCAUAUCUUAACUUUUAAAACAAAUAUGAUCAUAUUCUAACUCUUUUACUGCCUCUAAAACUAUUGGUCGUUAUCUUAUUCAUAUUAUGAAAAAAUUAUGUAUAAUUUUUCCAAAAAUAAUUUAAUAGGAGAUUUUAGCAGAAGCACUUAAGGGGGUUUUCUGGUCUAGAAGACUAAAUUUUCGUUAUUUUUGAAACUAACGUGAAAAACAAUGAAAAAAAUUUAUCAAUUUUUUUAUAUAUUUAUUGAAUUUUUGAGAAAUUAAAAAAAUUCAUUUAUAUACAGGCAGUUAAAGUGGGGGCCACAAAAAAAAUGCCCUCGACAUGGAAUUUAAUUUUUUUGUCCAUUUUUUGGCACUGCGAAUUUUUUAAAAAUACUCCAAAUUGAUAUUUUUUUAAAUCCAAGGCAGACGCCAUAGAGAUAUAUAUAAAAAAGAUUUACAACAAACUAGAAAGAAAUUGCUCGUGUAAAACUUGAGAUAUUAUAUCAACCACAAAAAAAGUAGUUUAGAGAAAGUAUUCCAGUAUCGCAUCUCUAGAAAUAAUGUGAGUUAUUAAAAAUCUGAUUAAGGACAUAUUCUUAAAGGUCUAAGAUUUGAAAAUAUGCAAAAAAAUCGAUUUGUUUCAAAUUUCUAAGCCAGAAUACCCUCUUAAUUUGUGUCUAAUCCGUACCGAUAGCUUAAAAACAAAUUAUAAUGAUCUAACUAUUUCUAGUAACUAGAAAAAACAGCUCCUUUUAAAUGAGAGCGCAUCUUAUUAGUCGGUUCAUUAGAUCUUCCAAAGGGAAACGUUUUUAUUGCCAACAUUAUAAUAGUUUCUAAUAUAGUAGAAAUUCAAAAUUUACAUUCACCAAUUUCACUUCAAUAAACUGAAAAAAAAGUUAUUAGAGAUAUCUGUAAAAUCAAAGAAUUAUGAAUAGAUUGAGAAAGUUCACAACAACGUCGGUUUAUCUAAGGAAUUCUUAAUUUAUGCUAAUACUAAAUAUAGGUAGAAUAUUUUGCCUACAAUUAUUAAUUCUAGUGUAUAAGUAUAAAAUAAUCAUUAGGUUAGGAGUUUUAUACCAAUUUCAAUCUCAAGUUCAAAUUAGGCACUAAGAUUAGUUAUAUUACCGCAUAUUUGUAUUAUAUUUAUACAAAAUAAAGAUAUUCACA